GACUUGUGAGUGAAAUAGUAGACAUAUCAACAGGGCCUGGUUUGGUUUGGUCGGUUGGUUGAUUGACUUGCAAAGAGUGAGAGUGAAAAUGGUGCGGACGACAACAUUGGUAUUCGUUGGUUUUCAGGUUUUGGUUACUCUGUUGAGUGCUGGUGCCGAUUACAUACCGCCUUCAAGAUUUGACGGCUUCGUCUACGGAAAAGGGUCGUUGAAUUUACUGGAUACGGUUUUGAUCGAAGCGUUUUAUGAUCCAGUGUGCCCAGACAGCAGGGAUUCAUGGCCCUCACUCAAACAAGCUCUUCAUCACUAUGGUUCUCGGGUUUCACUUCUUCUUCAUCUAUUACCUCUUCCAUAUCACGACAAUGCUUUUGUUGCGUCUCGUGCUUUGCACAUAGCGAGCAAUUUGAACGCAUCUGCGACUUUCCCCUUGCUGGAGUGGUUCUUCAAGCAUCAGGAGAAAUUCUAUGGGCCAAGCACACGGAACUUGUCUAGGGCUUCUAUUGUGGAGGAGAUAGUGAAGUCUGCAACACAAGUACUUGGGAGAUCUUACUAUAAAGCUAUAAAGAAUGGCUUCAAUGACACAAAUACUGAUUAUCAGACCAGAGUUUCUUUUAAGUAUGCUACUUCGAGAGGGGUGUAUGGAACACCUUUUUUCUAUGUCAAUGGAUUCUUGCUGCCUGAUACUGGAGAUGCCAUUGACUACAAGGCUUGGAGGAAGGUCAUUGACCCAUUGGUUGGUACCAAGAAGAGUGUCCAAAAUACAGAUUCUCUUCAUUUCUUCUUGUAAAAAUUGUAUGCACAUAAAGUACAGUUGCGUUGGCACUCUAUAAGUAAAGGAAUCUAAAGAAUGUGUAUGCUGGCUUAGUACCAAGAAUGCAAUAAUGAAAUAAAAUGUUACAAAACAUUCCUCAGUCCUUACGAUGUGCCAUUGGUUGCAAUAUGUGAUGAUUGUGUAAUAUUCCUUAUCCUAUGUUAAUGUAUUAAAAGAUAUAGGAUUAAAGGGGAUAUAUUAUAAUGUAAUAAAACUUAGGAAAUUUUAUAUU